GUCAGGGGAUACUACACUUUUAGCCAUGGCAUAAUGGACGUAUCGGGUGACCGGGCAGCAUCUUCUUCUACACCGAUCUGCAGGCCUUUCAUUGAUAGCUUUAGUGAAACACAUACUUUAUCUAUAUAUCUACCUGGACAUAGUCGGCCACCUGCCAUAUACCCUUACCUGACGUUCAGAGAACCGGUCAGUCAUCGUCUACGAUGGUAAUAUAUGUACUUGUCUCCCAUGUUCAUAUCUCCACGAACAUAUUCCGCAUCGCAAACACCAGAUCAAGGGCUUCGCUUGGCCGCCAGUGAAAACCAACUGAAGUAUCAUACGCUUCAAGGGUGGCGUGCAGACGCGACAGUUGCUAGCCGAGCUCCUGAAAUGUUACUGAUUCAUCAGGCCGGCAGUGUUCGUGUCGGCGAGAUAAUCAGAUACACGUUGACGUACACACCUGCGGCGGACAACAUCCGCCCUCCUCCGGCUAAGCUACACGUCAAGAUUAAGAAUACAUCUGCGCUGCCCCUACGAGCUGCAUAUCUACAUGGCCCGUACACUCUCUAUGCGUCAUGUUAUCCGUCCACGUACAACCCGAAUAUUGGCGUCGACCAACACGAAUCAGAGUGUAUUCCACAAUACGAACCGUAUCUCAAAGCAGGGGGCAGUUGGAAUGCGGCCUUAAUUGUACCCCAGAAUACUUGCCACGAUCGAGGAGAAAUCCACUAUGAAUCUGAGAAAAGUACGACCUGGGUCAUUGAAAUCAUAUCUCAGGUUGUAUUCUCGAGCACCGCAACCGUCAAUUUCGAGCUGCUAGUUGGUCGUGAUGAGAAUUUGGUAGAAUCACUAGCUACGGGUGCAUCCUUCGGUGCCGGGCUACCGAAGGCUGCUCAGUUGCAUGAGCACUGGUCAGUUGAGACAAGGGGCAAGCAGGUGCUUGCUACCAAGGGCGUCUACUCUCGUUCUAUAACUUUACUAUUGGACGACACUGCUAGUCUCUGGAACACACCGCAUCUUCCACCAGUGGGCUCUGGUGAUGAGCAGGCUUCAGCAACAAAUGGUGAUAACCAAAGCCAGCCGACUAAAGACAACCAUAUGAAAAGAAUUCACCUUGUUGUGUUGACCCAUGGACUACACAGCAAUCUGGGGGCAGACAUGCUUUACCUGAAAGAGAGCAUUGAUGCCGCCGUGAGGAUGGCUAAAAGUAAGGCGAAAGCUAAAGGUCAGGGACACGGAGAUCAGCAAAAUGCCGAGGCAUACCCAGCAAUGGAAAGGCCAGAUUGUGAAGACAGCGAGAACGACGAUGAGCAGGUAAUAGUAAGGGGCUUUCCCGGAAAUGCAACCCGCACAGAGCGUGGUAUACAGUACCUUGGCAAACGUCUCGCAAAAUAUGUUCUGCGAAUCGCAUGUCCGGAGCAGCCUUUCGGUUCCCAGAAAGAUGUAGGAAAGAAUCCAGCGCCGUUCACACCGUGGAAGCGAGCCAUUGGAGAGCCUUCUCAACAUGACCAAUCUCGCGAUAUGUACGGAGAACCGUCGCUCUCUCGGAAUGGUGGUUAUCAGGUCACCAGUAUCAGCUUUGUCGGUCAUUCACUUGGCGGUCUCGUUCAAACGUACGCGAUCGCCUAUAUUCAAAAACACUUCCCUGACUUCUUCGACAAAAUUAGACCGGUGAAUUUCAUAGCCCUGGCAACCCCAUUUCUUGGUCUAAGUAAUGAGAACCCGGUGUAUGUUCGUUUUGCCUUAGAUUUGGGACUCGUUGGUCGGACAGGCCAGGAUUUAGGGCUUAGCUGGACAGCACCAAGGGUGAGGGGUGGCUGGGAGACUUUGAUAGGAGGAAGGGGGCAUUCUGUAAACUCCCAAGGAGUUUCAGACGCUCGUUCCAAGCCUUUGCUGAGGGUGCUUCCUUGUGGUCCCGCCCAUGAGGUUCUUACAAAAUUUCAACGCCGCACAAUUUAUUCCAAUGUUGUAAAUGAUGGAAUAGUACCUCUGCGGACCUCUUGUUUGCUCUUUCUUGACUGGAAAGGGCUUGACCGGGUUGAAAAGGCUAGGAGGGAAAAUGGCAUUGUGGGCACCAUGGCCGAAUGGGGCUGGGCAGAAUUGACAGGAGCUAAUUCAAAUUCUUCACGGACCCAUUUGACCAGCGAGGUAGAACUGACAAUCACUAAUGAGCAGAGCAGCUAUGGCAACGGGGCUCGGUCAACAACAGACGAUGCCUCUGCGGAACAAGAUGUUUCAAUCGUGGCUGGUGUUACAAGCUGUACAACUAAAUCCCCGUCAUUCGAACAGCAUCGGUAUCCUGCUUCAUCUGGAAACAGUGUAAAUACUACUCCCAGACAAGUCUUGUCUCGAUCUACGUCAAUGGGCCCAUUGUCCAAAAUGUUUUCAAUUUUGCGACCGAAGGAGACAGCCAGAACACAGUCGGGAAACAAACAAACGAGGAUAUAUAAGCGCAGCCAAACCGUUGACACACUUGGUGGUAUAGAGAGCCCAACCGUUGCCAGUUCUUACGCUCAGGGACCCUCUGCUGCUGGCGACUUCCAUGAUUACGGGCCUCAUACCCCUCCCCAAACUACGUUCUUCGAAUCAGCUAGUGAUCUUCUUAUGCCGCCUCUUCCUUCCAUAGACUUUAUCCUCGAUCCCGCUAAGAGGCCGAGAACAAUAUUCCAUGAUCGCAUCUACAACCCCGAAGAUAUACCGCCCCCGAUGGCGCCUAAGCGGCGAGCAUUGACAUUGGGAUCUCUACAACAAAAACCAUCGAAUGCACAACCUGCUCCGAGAGUUGAUUCCCGGGAGAAGUCACUUCCCGUCAACGAAACUGAGAGUGGCCUUAGGCUUGAAGAAAAAAUCGCUAGAGCUUAUCACCGUGAUUUGUCAUGGCGCAAAGUCCUUGUCCGCCUUGAGCCUGAUGCUCACAACAACAUUAUUGUACGGCGAAUGUUCACCAAUGCCUAUGGCUGGCCUGUUGUGCAACACCUCGUCAAUACCCAUUUCGGACCUCCAUCAAUAGCUCGCUACAAUGAUGCAAAUGGACAGUGCGCUGACCCGUUGAAUGCAUCGGCAACCGAAACUGAAAACUCGAAGAAUGGUGAUGAACCUCGAGGUACUUUACAAGAACCACAAUUGGAUACUUGAAGAUUGUUGCCAACGUCAUACAUACUGGAAGGAAUUCAGCGCACCGCGCUGAACACUCUUUUCAGGUCUAGACCCUAACCCACAUACAAUCCGGGGUCAAAGUAAAGGAAUCUAUUAGCCGAUACAGGUUACUAAUGAUUUUUUCGCGUUCCAUGGGUUCAUGCUUCUGUUGGGAUCUUGAGGCUUGCCAAGGAUUGCUCAACAUGUACGCCAAUAUGUGUUGAUUGCUUUUCGAUUCGUAUGAUAGGUCUCCUAUCAGAACUGGGGCUAAUGAGGAAAGUGCUGGCUGCGUCCAUAUAUAUAUUCAGCUGAAGACUCAAAUACUUGCGCAUGUAGAGAUGCAUA